AUGGCGCAAAACAGCCCUCCUCCCAUGAAGCUGUACAUCGUGAGCGAGAGCCUCCGACGGCUUCCUCUGGGCCCCCUGGUGACACGGAGUGUUGACAGAGGAGUCAAAUGCAGGCGGACGCCGUCGUCGCGCUCAUGUGGCCUCUGCUCUUCGGCGCCUUGUUUGCGGGGGUGCAGGCCUCCCUGGAUCCCUCCAUGCCCGACCAAGUGCUCGCCGUGGUGGGCUCGUGCGUGCUCAUCCCCUGCUCCUUCACGCCCUCAUCAAAGAAGCGCGCAGCGGUGGACGUGCACGUGCGCCUGCGAGGUCACAGCCGGUUCUCUUUGUUCCGCCAGUCCCGCGUGGCCUUCAACAGUGAAGACACGGAGGAAGUCAGCGACGUCUUCCGGGAGCGUAUGUCGCCCUCGGGUUUGGUGACGGAGGGCGACUGCUCGUUGAGGAUGGAUGAAGUCCGCACAGAGGACGCCGGGACCUACGAGGUGUCUCUGAAGAGGACUGGAGACUCUGCUUGGGGGAGGGCCAAGUCUUUCAGUUUGAACGUCGUGGACACCCCCGAGGCUCCCGUGAUCAGCGGUGCAUCAUCGGCCGCGGAUGGGCAGUUGGUCACCUUCAACUGCAGCGUCAGCUACCAGUGCCCCUCCGGGCCCCCGAGCCUGCGUUGGCAAUGGGAGCGAGGAGUGCAGCCGCUGGGGGACCAGCGAGUGCGGACCCUCUACACCCAAGACCAGCGGCCGGUGCUGCAGAGCUCGCUCACCUUCAGGGUGUCGCGCCGGGUGAAGGCCAGCCUACGGUGUGAGCUCAGCUACCCGAGAGCCAAUAUGGUGGCCGCCUUCAAGGAUCUGCAUGUGACAUUCCCACCCAAAGAUGUGAUGGUGCAAGUGCAGACCGUGACGGUGCAGGAGGGGGGCAGCGCCCUGCUGGCCUGCUCGUGCAAAGCCGACCCGCCGGUGUCCGAGUAUCGCUGGUCCUACAUCCAGCGCGGGCGCACGGUCCACCUUGGCCAGCGCACGCACACCAUCCGCCUGUACAACGUGACGCGAGACACAGCGGUCCGCUGCAUGGCCGAGAACCCGGUUGGACGGGCCCAGUCGCCGACAACCAUCCUCAAUGUGCAAUAUAAGCCCGUCAUCCAACGCCUCUUAUCGACUUGCGUGGAGGAGGAUGGGGCGCUGCGCUGCGUCUGCUCAACUCAGUCCAACCCGCCUCCCGCCAUCAGCUGGAGCGUCAACGGCAGCGCUCCGCCACGCGGCUACAACGCCUCGCUCUCCACUGACGCCCUCACGGCCACCCUGUGGGGUGGCGUGGACGGGGGGCCGCAGACGGUCACCUGCUUGGCCCUCAACGCCUUCGGGAACGACUCUGCGAUGCUGUUGCAGCACCGAGCAGGAGGCGACUCUUGGCUGUCGCUGUGGUUUUGGGUUCCCGCUGCCGCUGCGCUCCUCUCUGCCAUCUCCUUGGCCGUACUUGCUUGCUUCUGCUGCUACUAUCGAAAGAAGUCCGGCAAGCAAAUGCUCAGCAGAUGUGCGUCAGGAUCUGGACUGUACCAGGCCCACACGCCGGUCUACGUCAACUGCUCAGAGGUGAGCCAUGUGUACACCAAUGGAAGCUACCAGCUGCUCUACCAGAACUGCACGCCGCGCUUUGUGCGCACGAAGCAAGUGCGCCCGAUGGGGAGAAGGGGCGGCGAGAGGAGGCGAGGAGGUCCGCGCGGAGGCGUGGGCACACAUGUCACUGCCAGAGAGGUGCAAGGCGCCACUGCGGCUGACCCGGAUUCAGCCAUCUACGUGGAGGUCCUCUAAAACUCUCGCUGAGCGAUGACGACCCCGUGACAUUCCUCUGUACUCUGUUUUAUUUAUAUGACAGACACAAUGC